AGUACUUUGUUUACGGUCCCUAGUGUGGUGAUUUGCAUCCCCCUCUCUGGGUUGCUGUUGGUCCGAGCUGGCAGCUGUCUCAGUCCGAUUCUGGCUGGGAAAGUGGAGAUUCCUGUCCUGUCAUUUUACUGGCUGAGGAGUCACUCGCUACAGGCUCUUUCCCCAGAAGCUGACGGAAGAAACUCAAGCGCUGUUGUUUCUGCCCUCCCAAGUCUGCUGUCUCGGCUGCUAAUGGAUUGCUUUCCUCUGAGCUUCCACCCUGGAGAGACCCCCCAGAUCUAGUCUGUGAACCCGGCUAGGAAACACCUGUAAAGAUGACUGAAGAGCCCAUAAAAGAGAUUCUGGGAGCCCCAAAGUCUUCCAAGCCAGUGGCAGUGGAGAAGAGCCCCGCCCGGGAAGUGGUGGUCACCACGGUCCCCUUGGUCCGUGAGAUUCAGCUGACGGCUGCGACCGGGGGUGCCGAGCUCUCCUGUUACCGCUGCAUCAUCCCGUUUGCCGUGGUGGUGCUCAUCGCCGGGGUCGUGGUCACUGCUGUGGCUUACAGCUUCAAUUCCCAUGGCUCCAUCAUCUCCAUCUUGGGUCUGGUCCUUCUGUCAUCUGGACUUUUUUUGUUAGCCUCCAGUGCCUUGUGCUGGAAGGUGAGGCAAAGGAGCAAGAAAGCCAAGAGACGGGAGAGUCAGACAGCUCUUGUGGCAAAUCAGAGAAGCUUAUUUGCUUAGGACUGAUGGGACCAAAUGGGAUACGUGGCCUGAAAACCCUCCUUUCACUGUGUCCUCCAAUUCACCCAGAACUAGCAUGGGAGAGGAUGAACGGAGCAUUGGACUAGACCCGAGGAAUGGGGGUGAAUUGAGGCUGGGAGGGUAGAGGGGGUUCUGUCUUGCGAGGAACCUACUUGUGUUUUCUAAUGACAAACUUAACUCUAAGGGCUAUUUCUAAGACUGAAAGCUCAGCUUCUUUUCUACGUUAAACAUUUGAGGGUCGUGGGAGGUGCACGACAUAAGACAACACUCAACUCAGCUUGGAGAGGAGCCAAGGAAAGAAGAGAAAAUAAUCAGAUAGUUCUGGCACACCAGCGACCUGCCUCAAAAAAACAAAAACAAAAACACACCCCACUUUUGAGAAGUUGUAUCAUAAUGAUGUUCUGCUGAGUGUCUAAAUC